ACUCUCAUUUCGAUCAUGGCAGCAACACAAACAGACUCGGAGCGCGAGAUGCUUGCCACCGCCCAAGAUCUCGACAUGGUGGUCGACCUGAGCAAGGGCGAGCUGUUCUGCGAUCCGAACUUUUCGCCCGGGGAAGACAUCCUGUACGACCUCUCCGAGUCGACCAUCAUUCCCGAGGGCGUCGCUCGCAUCGACAAGUGGCUCCGCCUCUCGGAGAUCCACCCCAACCCACAGUUGUUUGUCGACGGCAUUAUGGCCGGGGACAUUGUUCAGGGUGGCCUCGCCGACUGCUGGUUCCUCGGCGCUCUCAUGUGCAUCGGUACCCGCAUGGACCUGCUGAAGCGCAUCUUCCAGUACUGCGCCCCGCACCGCGGCGAGUACCGCAUGCGCUUCUUUGUCAACGGCGCAUGGAAGGACGUGGUCAUCGACGACCGCCUCCCCUGCGACGCAAAGGGCAAGCCCGUCUUCUCCCGUUGCGCCGACGCGAACGAGUUCUGGGUCUCGCUCAUCGAAAAGGCCUAUGCCAAGGUUCACGGCACUUUCCAGACCCUUGAGCGUGGCCUCAUGCGCGACGCUCUCGUCGACCUCACCGGCGGCGUCUCGGACAAGAUCGAGGUCGGCACGCCGGGCUCCACCGUCGCCAACGAGCUGUGGGAUACCCUUGUCAAGGAUCCAGCCUCGUACUCGCGCCUCAUGGGCUGCGUCGCCUUUGGCGACGGCAACGGCGAGGGCGAGCUCGACAACACCGGCCUGCUCAAAUUCCACGCGUACGGCAUCAUGCGCACCGCAGUCUAUAACGGCGAGCGCCUCAUCCACCUCCGCAACCCGUGGGGUUCUGUCGAGUGGAACGGCGCUUGGUCCGACGGUGCUCCGCAGUGGUCCGUCGACGCAAAGGUUGCUCUCGACCAGACCGAUGCCGAUGACGGCCUCUUCUGGAUGUCGUUUGACGACUUUUGCUCCCACUUUGACGAGAUCGACAUCGUCAAGGUCUUUCCUGAAGCAAAGUGGACCACCCAGGUCCAGGUUGGCAAGUGGGAGGGUGAGUCGGCCGCCGGCCGAUUCCACUACGCCCCGGCGCCGAACCCGCAGUUCCUCCUCGACGUCGAGCAGCGCGGCGUUGCCGUUGUCGCCCUCCGCCAAAAAGAGGCCCGCUUCACCGGUGACGACAAGCUGGAAAACGUCCACAUCGGCAUGCACCUCAUGAAGGCGCCCACAGGCGCUCGCAUCAUCCACUUUCAUGAGGACGAGUGCAUCAUCAACACCGAUCCUUGGAUCGACGCCCGCGAAAUCGCAAAGUUCCUCGUCCUCGAAAAGGGCAAGUACAUCCUCGCCGCCUCUACCUUUGCUCCGGGCGUCGAGUCCGACUACAUGGUCCGCGUCCUUCUCAAUCACUCCAAGUUCUCGCUCACCCCGGCGCCGUCGAUGGAAGGCUCGUACGUCCACCUCUCGGCAUCCGGCUCCUGGGCUGGCGCCUCCGCCGCCGGCUGCGCCAACACCUGGCACUGGAUCGACAACCCGCAGUACGUCCUUGAGCUGCCCGCCUCGCUCCAGCUCUCCAUCACCCUCACCCAGCACGCCGCGCCAGAGUCGCGGAGCCAUGUCAACAUCUACCUCCUGCCUUCGCAGGACUCGGCAGACUACACCUUCAACAUGACCCCGGUCCUCGAGCCUGGUGCCUGGACAGACGAGGGCACCAUCUGCCUCCGCGGCCGCCUCGACGCCGGCCGCUACAUCAUCGUGCCCACAACUUUCCAGCCGGACACCGCAGGCUCCUUCACCCUCGACGUCUACGCCUACCGCUCCGAGCUCCCCUCGCCCGCAGGCUUUGCCAUCUCGCUUGGCACGGGCAACACCGGGUACACCCAGAUCGACGGCGCGUGGGCCCCGGGUUGCGCCGGCGGCUGCAACAACUUUGAGUCGUGGACGUCAAACCCCAAGUACAACCUCACCGUCGGUGCCGGCGCAGGCGACUCGGUCUACGUCACCAUUCUCCUCGCCCAGGACUCGCCAGCCUCGGGCCUCGCCGUCGGCUUCCUCAUCACCGGCCAGGGUGAGGACGAGAUCCUCGGCCAGACCGGCAACUGGUCGCGCGGCCUCUUCAACACCGCCUCGUUCUUCCUCUCGCCGGGCGUGUACACCAUCUACCCCACCACCUUUAACCCCGAAGAGUACUCCGGCUUUGCCCUCCGCGCAUAUGCCGACCCCGCCGCCGCAGUCACCCUCGUCCGGGCCUAGCGGCUCAUCCUCAACCGCCUUUACUACAUAAACAGUCCGCCUGUCGCCUCAAUAA